GUUCUCUCACGAUCCGGAUCACCCAAUAAAUUCUAUCUGUAUACACCUGACAAUCCCAACACAGCCCAGUUAUUGUUUACAAACAAUAAGGAUUCUGUAACAAACUCGCAUUUUGAGAAAUCCAGACCCACCAGAAUUAUUAUCCAUGGCUGGCAUAGCGACUAUACUUCUACACCCAAUAUACCCAUACGUGAGGCUUAUCUUUCAGAAGGUGAUUACAACAUCAUUUCGGUUGAUUGGAAUGACUAUUCAAAAUUAAAUUACAUUACGGCUCGCGCCAAUGUUCCGGUAGUGGGCGAUGAGGUGGCCCAAUUUAUAGACUUUCUCAAUGCGGAGUUUGACAUGAGCUUUAGCAACUUGGUGGUUAUAGGCCAUAGUUUAGGCGCCCAUGUUGCUGGUUAUUGUGGCAAGAGUGUGACCAGAGGUACCCUGGAUGCUAUUGUGGGCCUGGAUCCUGCCUCCGCCUUGUUCUGCUAUGGAAAUUCCCAAACCCGUUUGGCCAGCACCGAUGCCAUAUAUGUGCAGACUAUACAGACCAAUGGAAGUUGCCAAGGGUUCCUAAAGCCCAUUGGUACAGCCUCAUUCUAUCCGAAUUGGGGCCGAAAACAACCCGGCUGUGGCUUUGAACCUUUUGGUGCCUGCUCCCACCAUCGUUGCAUCAGCUAUUAUGUUGAGGCCAUUAAGGGCAACUCAUUUGCGCCCGUCUACAAGUGUAGGAAUUACAACGAUAUUUGGAAUAAGAAGAGAGGUGACUUGGAUGCUAGUGCUCAAAUUGGUGAUCCCAUGCAAAUUAAACGUGUCUCUGGUAUUUUCUAUUUUGCCACAAACAGUCAUGAACCCUAUGGUCAUCGUUCAUAA